AUGGUAAUGAUGCCGGUGAUCGGACAUCUAGCAGAUAGAUAUGGAAUUAAGACAUUGCUCACUCUUCCAAUGUGCCUUUCCAUUAUUCCUCCAGCGAUACUUGGGUAUAGAAGGGAUACAAACUUCUUCUACGCAUUUUACAUAACCAAGACUCUAUUCGACAUGGUCUGCCAAGGCACUGUGGACUCUCUCGCUUACGCUUAUGUGGCAAAAAAUAUUCAUGGCACAAAGAGAAUAUCAAUGUUUCAAAUUUUAGCAGAGCCGAUUCUCAGAGACGCACCAGUUAAGACACAUGUCUUCAACACUAUGUAUUCGUCUUUAGAAGAUAUGGCCAGCUUGAUAAAGAAUAGCACCAUACUCAUUCAAGCAUUGGUUGUUACAUUCUUUGCUACCUUCUCAGAAACUGGAAUGGAAUCUGCUUUCAUGUAUUUUCUGAAAGCCCGUUUUGGGUUCACCAAAAAUGACUUUGCUGAACUAGUGCUGUUGGUUAGCAUCACUGGCUGCAUCUGUCAGCUAUUUAUAUUGCCGAUAUUGGCUUCUGACGUCGGAGAACGUAAGGUGUUAUCAACAGGUCUUCUUAUGGAGUUCUUCAGAGCAGCAAUUCUCAGUGUUUCAUGGUCAGCAUGGGUUCCAUAUGCCACGACCCCGCUUGCACCUGGAACCAUGUUCGUGAUGCCAUCUGUCUAUGGUAUUUCCUCAAAACAAGUGGGAUCCGGUGAACAGGGGAAGGUUCAAGGAUGCAUAUCUGGGGUAAAGUCAUUUGCAGGAGUCGUUGCUCCAUUUGUAUAUAGUCCAUUGACAGCAUUAUUUCUCUCCGAAAAUGCACCAUUCUACUUUCCUGGAUUCAGCCUUCUAUGCAUCUCCUUAUCUUGGAUGAUUGCAUUCCUUCAAAGUCUUCUGAUAAAAGAUGUUCAGUCUCCAUCAAGGAACGAAGCAAUCAGCAACACUUCAACCGAGAAAGCUUAA